AUGGCUCUACAAAACAUUGGUGCUUCAAACCGUGAUGAUGCCUUCUACAGGUAUAAGAUGCCACGGAUGAUUACUAAGAUUGAAGGCAGAGGAAAUGGCAUCAAGACUAAUGUGGUCAACAUGGUUGAUAUUGCAAAGGCCUUGGCUAGACCUGCUUCUUAUACUACUAAGUAUUUUGGCUGUGAGCUUGGAGCUCAAUCGAAAUUUGAUGAGAAGACUGGGACUUCCCAUGUGAAUGGCGCUCAUGACACUGCGAAGCUUGCUGGACUUCUCGAGAACUUCAUUAAGAAAUACGUGCAGUGCUAUGGUUGUGGGAAUCCUGAAACUGAAAUAAUUAUCACUAAGACACAGAUGCUCAAUCUCAAAUGUGCUGCAUGUGGUUUUGUGUCUGAUGUUGAUAUGAGGGACAAGCUUACAACUUUUAUCCUCAAGAACCCUCCAGAGCAGAAGAAGACAGCUAAAGAAAAGAAAGCCUUGAGGAGGGCUGACAAAGAGCAGCUUAAGGAAGGGGAAGCUGCUGAUGAGGAGCAAAAGAAGCUUAAGAAGGAGGCGGCAAAGAAGAAGGCAACAACUGGUUCUAAAGCAUCAAGCAAGAAGAAACCCUCUUGUUCUGAUGAGGAUCGCUCCCCCACUCACAGCCAGGGAGAUGAGAAUGACCAAGCUGCUGAAGAUGACGAUGAUGAUGUCCAGUGGCAGACAGACACUUCCUUGGAGGCUGCUCGGAAGCGAAUCCAGGAGCAGUUGAGUGCGGUUACUGCUGAUAUGGUCAUGCUUUCUACUACUGAAGAGGAGAAUCCUGUGACCAGGACCCAUCAGAAUGGUGCUGAUAAAAAUACACAUGGGAGGCUCGUUAAUGAGAUAAAACAAUGCCUGCAAAAGGGGACUUCUGCUGCCCAGUUUAAAUCCUUUUUGGUUACCCUUUCUGGCACGCCCCAAGAAAUUAUGGAUGCCUUGCUUGAAGCUCUUUUCGAAGGCGUGGGAAAAGGGUUUUCUAAGGAGGUUUCUAAGAAGAAAAACUACCUGGCUGCAGCAACCCAGGAGGAGGGGUCCCAGAUGGUUCUAUUGCAAGCUAUUGAGUGUUUCAUUGGGAAGGCAAACCCUGAUGCUGCAAAGGAAGUGGCUUUGGUCCUGAAAUCACUGUAUGACGCUGAUGUGCUGGAAGAGGAAUUCAUUAUGAAGUGGUACCAGCAGGGCUUAGGCGGCAUGAACAAAAGCUCCUUGAUCUGGAAGAAUGCCAAGCCCUUCAUCGAAUGGCUCCAGAGUGCUGAGUCGGAGACAGAGGAAGAGUGA